ACAAAAAAAAAUAAAAAAAAUAGGGUAGAGGAUUAAAAAAGAAAAUGGGGUCGAUUAGUGGGGACAGUCUGUUGGAAUGGGACGGUCAAGAUUCGAGCAUACAAGAGGAGAAAAUAUUCGUGGCCGUUAGAUUGAGGCCGUUGAACGAGAGAGAAAUUAGUAAAAACGAUGUCUCGGAUUGGGAAUGCAUCAAUAGUACCACCGUUAUUUUCAAGAACUCUCUUCAAGAACGCUCGUUGCUUCCAACUGCCUACACAUUCGAUAGAGUAUUCGGGCACGACUCUCCGACGAGGCAAGUUUACGAAGAAGCUGCUAAAAAAAUCGCGCUCUCUGUAUUAAGCGGAAUGAAUUCAACUAUUUUCGCGUACGGCCAAACGAGCAGUGGGAAAACAUUCACCAUGUCCGGAAUUACAGAGUGCACUGUAACAGAUAUUUACGACUACAUUAAAAAGCAUCGCGAACGAGAUUUCGUGUUGAAAUUUUCGGCCAUGGAAAUUUACAACGAAGCCGUAAAAGACCUCCUAUGUUCAGAUGGUACUCCACUUAGACUUCUUGAUGAUCCAGAGCGAGGGACCGUUGUCGAUAAACUCACGGAGGUGACUUUAAGGGACGAAAAUCAUCUAUACGAGCUCUUAUCGAUUUGUGAAGCUCAAAGGCAAAUAGGAGAGACUACUCUUAAUGAACUCAGCUCAAGAUCUCAUCAAAUUCUUAAAUUGACGGUCGAAAGUGAGGCUCGUGGGUACUUUGGUGCCGAGAAUUCGAGCACUCUAACAGCUUCAGUGAAUUUUGUGGAUCUUGCUGGGAGCGAACGAGCUUCUCAAACACAUUCAGCUGGGACAAGGCUGAAAGAAGGUUGCCACAUUAACCGCAGUUUGCUUACGCUCGGGACGGUUAUUCGCAAACUAAGCAAAGGAAGAAAUGCGCAUAUUCCAUAUAGAGACUCGAAGCUGACACGAAUACUACAAAACUCGUUGGGCGGAAAUGCGAGGACAGCUAUUAUAUGCACAAUGAGCCCGGCCCACACUCACGUGGAGCAAUCGAGGAAUACGCUCCUGUUCGCCAGCUGUGCAAAACAAGUCAACACAAACGCACAAGUGAACGUGGUGAUGUCGGAGAAGGCCUUGGUCAAGCAACUGCAGAGAGAGCUAGCGAAGAUGGAAGGCGAGUUGAGGAAUUUGAGCUCUCUCUCUUCUUCAUCGGGCGUCAGUUCUUCUUCGGCACUUAGAGAGAAAGAACUUCUCAUCGAAAAGAUGGACAAAGAGAUAAGAGAAUUGACACAUCAACGCGAUUUAGCGCAGUCCCGUGUUGAAGAUAUGCUCCGAUCGGGUGGAGAAUAUCAAGCUUCGAAAACUUGGGGUUAUAUGAAUCACCAUGAGAAAGGCUCGUGGACGGAUGAAUAUUCAGCCUCGGAAGCUUCCGAGAUAAACGACCCUUUUAGGUCAGACGUUGCUUCUAGAACAUCCCAUUUCUCCGAAAGAUACGACAAUGUUGUUUCGAGCAAGAUCGAAGACCAGUUCAACGAGAAUAUCGAGGAGCAGUUCUUGUCCGAUGACACGUCACCACGACUGUACAUCGAUAAGUACUUUGGUCCCGAUCCAUGUCAAGGAUGGGAGAAGAUCGCUCAAGAACCGAACAAGGUCAAUAUCGAAAUCGAUAAUUGCAAGGAAGUUCAAUGCAUCGAAAUCGAUUUAAGCAAAGGAAAUCAGAUUUCGAAUACGCCUUCACCACAAAAGGGAGAUCAUGUUUCAGCGAAAUCUUUUUCUUCGUCGGAGAUUGACUUUUCUUCAUCGGAGAACGAAGAUUUCGAUCACGCUGUGAAAGUAGUGAGGAGCCAAAGCUGUGAAGCAAUAAUGACCACAAUAAUGAAAUCUCCGAGUUUCGAAGAGGCGAAAGAAAACGAAAACGACAACGCAUUACAGAACGAAGCGAAUCAUGAUCAAGAAAAGGUUUCUGAUAUCGAGACUGUGGUUACUAAUAACAACGAGAAUACACGCACAGAGGAUUCACAAAGUUCUGUGACAAACGACACUUUUAAUGAACAAGAAGAAGAGAAAAAGAUCAUGGUAAUAAAUAAAGAAUGCGUGGACAAGAAGCAAGAAGAAGAAGAAGCCCAAGUCAACGAAGUGAUUGAAAUCGAGCCCAAGUCAGCAAAGAAAAUCGAGAAAAUCGACCCUUUACCGAAGGAAAAGGAGGAGGAAAAGAAACCGAACAAACCCGAAGAAACCGCAGAUGAUGGUAGCUCCGAUAAAACAAAGGAUAUAAAGAAAUCGUCUUCCGACUGGCAAAUUGAAUUCGAGAGGCAAAAGAAGGAAAUAAUCGAACUUUGGAAUUCUUGCCACAUUCCUUUAGUUCACCGAACCUACUUUUUCCUGCUAUUCAAAGGCGAUCCGUCGGAUUCCGUUUACUUGGAGGUGGAGCUUCGACGCCUAUCCUUCCUCAAGAACUCAAUGCACGGUGUCACAGACGAUAAAUCCUGCAAACAGGCCUCGAGCGCAAAGGCUCUGAAACGGGAGAGAGAAAUGCUGAGCAGAAGAUUGUUGAAGAAGUUAUCUGCUAAGGAGAGACAAGCACUAUUCGAAAAGUGGGGCAUCGACGUAAAAUCGAAGCAGAGGAGGCUCCAGCUCAGCCGUAAGCUGUGGACCGAGACAAACAACAUGGAGCAUGUUAGCGAGAGUGCAGCCAUUGUGGCUAAGCUGGUGGGGUUCAAAGAGGCGGGCCGGGCCCCAAAAGAGAUGUUCGGGCUGAGCUUUCUGCCGGCGAACGUGAGGGCGUCCAGCUGGAGAAACAGCUUGAUGUAAAGAAAGGCUUUUAUUAUAAACUGGUAUUCGAAAAUACAGUUUUUAAUUUUAGUGAACAUUUAGCCGAAAAAAAAAUAUAUUUAAAAAAAAAAAAAAAAAAAAACAAUUACCAUUUUUUAAUUUGUUUAUGGGAUGAGGAAUUGGUUUAGAGUUUUUGUUAGUUCUUGAAAACCUUAAAACUUUCCUCGUGUGUAUAAUGCAUGUGUGGUUGGUGAGAUUC